AAUGGAGGAAGAGGAGGCGCCUUCUGCUCCGGUGUCGGACGGAGAAAAUGAAAGCGUUAUGACAGUGAGAGGAGAGAAAGAGGAGUCUGUCCAGGAGACGGUUGUAACGACAGUGGUGACAGCUGCUGACACGAGGGAGGAAGAGGAGGAGGAGGCUGAAACUGACAUAAUAUCAGAGGAAGAGGAGGAGGAAAAUGAAGCAGAGGUGGAGGAAGGAGAAGUAGAGGAGGAAGAGGAGGGUAAAGGAAAAAAGCUUGUGGGGCCUUGGGAGUCUGAGGCGUCUGAUGUGAAGCCUCCGCUGCCGGACCCAGCAUUUAACAGAAGGUGCAGUUUACUCGCCAGUGACGUGAAGUAUAAGGAGGACUUUGAGAAGAUGAAGGGUCAGAGUCUGUUUGUCCCUGGAGCUGAACUCAUCCACUCCAAGAACAUCAGCGCGGUGAUAUCCGAGUCGAAGUACAAGGAGGAGGGGAGGAAGGAGGCUUCGGUGUCUCUGUACUCCGCCCUGCCGGAGACGCCGGCGAUCCAACACGCCAGAGAGGCAUCGGAGCUGCAGAGUGAGAUUAAGUACAAAGGGAACGUGAAGACAGAGAUCUCCUCCUCUCUGUAUUCCCUCCUGCCUGAAACCACAGAGACUCAGUUCGUCAAGGAGCUGACGGAGAUACUGAGUGAGAACAAGUACAAGGAGGAAGGAAAGAAGGAGAUGAGCAGCAGUUUGUACUCUCAGCUCCCUGAAACGGCCGAGAUGCAGCUGGCCAAGACGGUUCACGAGUUUCAGAGCGAGAAAAAAUACAAAGAAGACGGAAAGAGAAAAGCCUCCAUCUCCCUCUACUCGCAGCUUCCAGACACGCCAGAAAUUCAGCACGCGCUGGAGGUGUCGCAGCUGCAGAGCGAGGUGAACUAUCGUCCUAAGAUGCUGGUGAAAGGAGCUCCCUCGUCUCUUUACUCUCAGCUCCCCGACACCUCAGACCUCCAGUUUGCCAGAGAGAUGACUGAGAUGCAGAGUGAGAGUAAAUACAAGGAGGGCGGCAGGAAGAGCCUCUGUCAGAGCUUCUACUCUCAGCUCCCAGAGACGGCCGAGACUCAGUUUGCUAAAGCUGUGGCGGAGCUGCAGAGCGAGAUGCGAUACAAAGACGCAGGAAAGAAGGGCGUGAGCUCGUGUCUGUACUCUCUUCUACCGGAGACGUUGGAGACGGCUCACGCCAAGGAAGUCUCUGAGCUCCUCAGUGAGGUGAAGUAUAAAGAGGAGGGGAAGAAGGAGAUGAGCAUGAACCUGUACUCUCUGUUACCUGAGACCAUCCACACCCAGCACGCCAAAGAGGCGUCACACCUGCAGAGCGAGGUGAAGUAUAAAGAAGGUCUGAAGCAGAAGAUUCAGAGCAGCUUGUAUCAUCGGCUCCCAGAGACGCCAGAGACACAGCUGGCCAAACAGCUGUCGGAGCUGCAGAGUGAGACAAAGUAUAAAGAAGCUGGAAAGAAGGACGUGAGUUCGUCCCUGUACUCUCUCCUCCCUGAGACGCUGGAGACGCAACACGCUAAAGAGGCGACCGAGCUGCUCAGCGAGAUUAAGUACAAGGAGAGUGGGAGGAAGGAGAUGUCCAGCUCCCUCUACUCCACGCUGCCCGAUACUUCACAGACCAGCUUCGCCAGGGAGAUGACUGACAUGCUGAGCGAGAGUAAAUACAGAGAGAACGGGGUGAAGAGCCUGUCUCAGAGUAUCUACAGUCAGAUGCCGCAGACCUCAGACAUGCAGUUUGUUAAAACUGUCUCUGAGCUGCAGAGUGAGAUGAAGUACAAAAAAGGAAAGCAGGAAGUGUCCAACUCGCUGUACUCCACUCUGCCUGAGACUCUGGAGACGCUGCACGCUAAAGAAGCAUCAGAGCUGCAGAGUGAGCUGAAGUACAAGGCGGCUCUGAAGAAAGGUCCGUCCUCCAGUCUGUUCCAUCGGCUGCCUGAGACCUUGGAGACGGCCCGCGCUAAAGAAGUCUCCGAGCUCCUCAGCGAGGUGAAGUAUAAAGAGGAGGGGAAGAAGGAGAUGAGCAUGAACCUGUUCUCUCUGUUACCUGAGACCAUCCACACCCAGCACGCCAGAGAGGCGUCACACCUGCAGAGCGAGGUGAAAUAUAAAGAAGGUCUGAAGACUGAGAGCAGUUUGUUCCAUCGUCUCCCAGAGACCACAGAGACACAGCUGGCCAAACAGCUGUCGGAGCUGCAGAGUGACAACAAGUACAAGGAGGCGGGAAAGAAAGUGGCAAACAGCUGCCUGUACUCGCUGCUGCCUCACACCAUGGAGACGCAGCGCGCUAAAGAAGCUGCAGAGCUGCUCAGCGAGAUCAAGUACAAGGAGAGUGGGAAGAGGGAGAUGUCCAGCUCGCUGUACUCCUCGCUGCCCGACACAUCAGAAACCAGCUUCGCCCGGGAGAUGACGGACAUGCUGAGCGAGAACAAGUACAAGGAGGCCGGGAAGAGAAGCCUCUCUCAGAGUUUCUACUCGCAGCUGCCAGAAACAGCGGACACUCUGUUUGUUAAGAGUGUCUCCGAGCUGCAGAGCGAGAUGAAGUACAGAGAAGCAGGAAAGAAAGGAGCGGCCGGCUCUUUGUACUCGACUUUACCGGAGACUCUGGAAACUCAACACGCCAGAGAGGCUUCACAGCUGCAGAGUCAGCUGAAAUACAAGCAGAGUCUGAAGGACGACACCACGAGUCUUUACCACCUGAUGCCAGAAACCAACGAGACUCAGUUUGUCAGAGAGCAGACGGAGAUGCUCAGUGAGGUCAAGUACAAAGAAGACGGUAAGAAGGAGAUGAGCGUCCACCUGUACUCUCUGCUCCCCGACACGGUGGACGCGCAGCACGCCAAAGAGCUGAGAGAGCUGCAGAGUGAGGCUAAAUACAAAGAGGCCGGUAAGAAGCAGGCGUCAUCGUCUCUGUACCAUCGACUGCCUGAAACCCUGGAGACGCAGCACGCCAAAGAGGCGUCACAGCUACAGAGCCAGAUCUUGUACAAAGAGGCUGUUAAGAGGGAGAUGUCGUGUCCCGUGUUCCACCAGCUGCCCGACACUCUGGACACCCAGUUCUCCCGAGGGCUCACGGACAUGCAGAGCCAAAACAAGUACACGGAGGACGGGAGGAGGAGCCUGAGUCAGAGCUUCUACAGUCAGCUGCCCGAAACGGCCGAGACUCAGUUUGUUAAAGCUGUUUCUGAGCUGCAGAGCGAGACGAAGUACAAGAAGUCCGGGAGGCAGGGGGCCGGCAGCUGUCUGUACUCCACGAUGGCUGAAACCCUGGAUACUCAACACGCCAGGCAGGCGUCACACAUCCAGAGCCAGCUCCGGUACAAAGAGGACGUGCAGAAGGAUUCGUCGUCCUCGCUGUUUUCCAUCCUUCCUCAAACCCUCCAGACCGAGUUGGCCAAGGAGGUGACGGAGCUGCAGAGCCAGGUGAAAUAUAAAGAGGGCUGUAAGAAGGAGGCGUCCUCCUCCCUGUACCGCCUCCUCCCAGAGACGCCAGAGAUGCAUUUCGCCAAACACAUGUCGGAGAUGCAGAGCGAGACGAAAUACAAGAAGGACAAAGAGGAUCUGUCCAACACUCUGUUCUCGCUGCUGCCCGAAACUCUGGAGACUCAGUUUGUCAAAGAGAUGAAUGAGACGCACAGCGAGGUGAAGUACAAGCAGGCAGGGAAGCAGCAGGCGUCGUCGUCUCUUUACUCCAAACUGCCUGAAACCCUGGAGACCAAACACGCUAAAGAAGCGACGGAGCUGCAGAGCGAGAAAAAGUACAAAGAUGACGGGAGGAAGGAGAUGACGUCGUCUCUGUACUCGCAGCUUUCCGAGACCGCAGAGACGCAGUUCGCCCGGGAGAUGACGGAGAUGCAGAGCGAGAACAAGUACAAAGAAAGUGGGAAGAAGAGUCAGACGGUCAGUGUUUACUCCCAGAUGACUGACACCAAUGAAAUCCAGUUUGCCAAAGCUGUUUCUGAAAUACAAAGUGAGGCCAAAUACAAAGAAGCAGGGAAGAAGGACGCGAGCAGCUCUCUGUACUCGAAGCUGCCGGAGACUCUGGACACGCUGCACGCUAAAGAGGCGUCACAGCUGCAGAGUCAGGUACAGUAA